GUGGAGCUUCUGCAAGCAAAAUGCUGAGUUCCUCUUCUGUGAAGACCAGCAACUCUACAGCUUCGACUUCUUCUUCGACUACUACUUUGGUGAAAGAGGAGGCGCCUCUUGGCGAGGUGAACCAAGAAAGCGAACAGAACAAGGACGAGGUGACGAAUAAAACUACUUCGAGGACGUCUACGGGGGCAUCUACUCCAUGCUCUUCAAAAGAUGUAGUUGACCGGCCACCACAGAAAACGACCAGUUGCCCAUUGGUACUCGCUAAUAUCGCGGUCUCUUCUGGCGAUUUGCAGUCUCACGCAGGUCUGGAGCUGCCGAUCGAAAAACGAACUUCCGACGCUGCUGAAAUCAUCAAAAAUAGAGCCGCAAUUUUAAGGCUUACCCCGAUCCAUCUUCUGAAGCAUCUUAGACCUGUCCCAUAAGAGGGGAACAGUAGGUCUAAGAUGAGUCCCGCGGUGGAUUAGGCGGAGGCUCUAACAGUUGCAGCAGAGGCAGCAGCAAAGGCAGCUGCUGCGGCAAAUGGAACAAGCGUUGGUCUUGGUGUUGGUGUUGUACCAUCUCCCAACCCACCAGCUCCACCUCCAGUAGUGCCAGAAAUAAAGCUGAACUUCAAACCAGUUGUAGAACAACUACAGCAACAACAGAAUUCCUCCAACACUUAAGGCUCACCAUAUUAAGUAUUUCAUUUCCACGACUCAUUUCUCGUAGUUCUCCUCUUGGGAUUCUGAAGAAAUGGAGGGAAGAAGUGAACUCUUUUGAGCUCUAAAACAACUCCCCCGGUGUAGUUUCAUGCACACCUAGUAGAUCUUCGAUGAUCUCUGUGCCAUCAGAACAAGGUCUGCAGCAGAAUUAUAAACGUCCUGCUGAAUCUUGUGAACGACAGGAGAAUGGUUUGUUCGAUUUUAACAAUAUUCAACAAAACACGACUGCGCCUCUUGCAUCCACUACAAAUACAGCAGGUGGAUCGGAUUUGUUGGGGAGUUUGUUAGCUGAAGCGGACUUAGGAUUAGGAUUAGGCUCUUCAGCCUCAGCGGGAGUUCUAGGUGGAGCUGGAGGCUCAGCUGCAGUUUCAGAAGGGCAACAAGGACAACUAGCUCAACACCCAUCUCCGAAGAAGCGGAAGUUCUCACGCUCUAGCCCUUUCCCGGAAAUUCAAGAGCUUGAUUGGGAGCAGGUCCC